AUUCAAUAGAAGUCGGUCGAUUCACUCGAUUGGGGGUGAUUUUAUCGUUCGAUCUCUUUGAUAUUUUUUGUCCUUGUGUGAAUCUUCAGGGCGGUCGUUGUACACAGCGUUUUAAUUAUUAAGUAAUUUGCCGAAAUAGCCAACCAGAACCUUGAACAAAUAAAAUGUCGGGCGCAAUUGCAUUGCAAUUUGAAGAUUGGGAAAGUGCAUGGGCGACAGCCACAAGUGGAUGGCAUAAUUGGCAUUUAUCUCACGUUAACACAAACUUAAAAGACAACAUUGAAUUUUUAACGGAUGGUAAAAAAGCUUGCAAAAUCUUGGUACCAUUCUGUGGCAAGACACUUGAUCUUUUAUGGCUUGUUGAAAAUGGUCAUCAUGCCAUAGGUGUUGAACUAAUUCAAAAAGCUGUUGAUGAUUUUUUUCAAGAAAAUAAAAUAUCAUUUAAAGUGAAAACGGUGGAUGGUUACCAAUGUUUUGAGGCUUUUGAUGGAAAGUUAACAAUAUUUGUUGGUGACUAUUUCAAAUUAAGCAGUUUGCUUAUAGGUGGAAAAGUGGAUGGCAUUUGGGAUUGCAAUGCUUUAGGUGCUUUAGUACCAAAUGAUUGGGACAGGCAUCUUAAGACGUCUUUGGAACUUCUUGAUCCCUCUCAUGGUCGAAUUUUGAUUCAAGCUUUUUUAUAUGACGAUAAAGCACAUCCAGAGGGCCCUCCAUGCUCUGUUUCAGAAGAAGAGCUAAAACGUCGGCUUGGAAGUGAAUAUGAGGUAGAGUUAUUGAGCAAAAGAUCAGAUGAGGUGGCGCGUAAACGAUUCCGAUUCGAAUUAUCCUGGCUAUAUGUCUGUCUUACUGGAAUAAAGAGGAAACUGUCUGCGUAAAUAUUUCAAUAUCCAUUAAAGUGACGUUUGGUCGUUAUUUUUAUAAAUGCUUCAUUGUCACUUCGCAUUCUCAUGAACAUUCAUAUAGAUCUCAAUAAAUCGAUACUGUAAAAAAGUACUAUGGAAAGUAAAACAAAUCGGUUUAAAAAAAA